GUCAUAUCAAUUAUCAGUUAGUAGUGCCAAAAAUCAAAAUGUCUUAUCAACAAUGCCACAUGUGUUUUACAAAAGAUUAAAUUUUGACUAUCAAACGAUUUAUGAUAUAUAGCUUAAAUUAAAAUGUCUCUUCCACAAAAGAAAUAUUACAGGCAACGCGCUCAUUCUAAUCCUAUCGCUGAUCAUUGUUUUGAAUACCCUUCUCAUCCAGAUGAAUAUGAUUGGUCAGAGUUAUAUCCAGUUUUAAAGAAAGAUAGCGCUAUUAAGAAUCAAGUUGAAUUCUUAGAUGUUGGUUGUGGAUAUGGUGGACUUUUAGUUACUCUUUCACCAAUGUUUCCGGAAAAUCUUAUGUUAGGUCUAGAGAUACGUGUUAAAGUCUCAGAUUAUGUGAAUGACAGAAUACAAGCCUUACGAUCUCAAUGUGAAGAUAAAUAUCAAAACAUUGCAGUUCUAAGAACAAAUGCUAUGAAAUAUUUACCAAAUUUUUUCCAUAAGGGUCAGCUUAAAAAAAUGUUUUUUUUGUAUCCAGAUCCACAUUUUAAAAAAGCUAAGCACAAAUGGAGAAUUAUAAAUAAGUGGUUACUCUCUGAAUAUGCUUAUGUGCUGGCUGAGCAGGGUAUUGUUUAUACAAUAACAGAUGUAAAAGAUUUACAUGAAUGGAUGGUAACACAUUUUGAAGAACAUCCAUUGUUUGAAAGAAUUUCUGAUGAAGAAUUAAAAGAUGAUAAAAUUGUGGAUAAACUCUAUGAAAGUACAGAAGAAGGACAGAAGGUUACAAGAAAUAAUGGAGAUAAGUUUCUAGCUGUCUUUAAAAGAAUACCAGAUGAUGUACUCAGACAAUAAUAAAUAAUUUAUCAUGCAUUCAUAAAAAUAUUCUUUCUUUCAACCACACCAUAUAUGUAGUUAUAAUGAAAAUAAAAAAAUAUUUAUGCAACAUUAGCUACUAGCCCCAAAAUAAUAGAAUAAAAUUAAUUUUAUACAAUUUUUUCAGUAAUAACCAUUGACUUGUAUAUAUGAUACUAGUGAUUUUGUAAGUUCUUAUGUCUAUUCACUCACUUAAGCAAACCUCUUCAUGUUAAAUUAAGUAGGUGAUGCUGACAAGAGUGCUUACAAGAUGUCUUAGAUGCGUGAUGACUAAGAGUAAAGACAGCAAAAAAAAUACAAAUUGAAUAAUAUUUGUAUAUGAUAUUGAUAUUUUAUUAAAAAAACCUUUAUGACAUGUAUUUGCUUACAUUGUGGUGUUUAUAAUAUUAAAGCUCUUCAACUAAU